AGUGUGAAGACCAAUUUAAGUUUUUCGUGUGUUUUUCGUUGAGCUUGUGUACUAGUGUCAACCGAUUUCUGUCGGUUAGUGCUAAUAUUUUUUUUCCUGUGACCAAUAAAAAGAUAUCGCUGCAAAAGUGUUCAUAAAUUAACUAAUAACGUUCCUUCAAUCGAUAAACAUCAAAAUGAGUCCGCCCCAACUGCUGAGCAAGGACUCCCCCGACAUUGAGGAUCUGCUGUCGCUGAAUCCCCGCGUGAAGACCCAGUGCUCGGUUGUGCCCACUAAGCAGACCAAGGAGAACAAGAAGCACUGGAAGCGUAAUGCAGACCAUGCGGCUCCGCCGUGCACCACGUUGGCCAACGACUUCUCGGACAUCAAGCACACGACUCUGUCGGAGCGUGGAGCUCUGGAGGAGGCGGCCCGUUGCCUGAAGUGCGCUGAUGCCCCGUGCCAGAAGUCCUGCCCCACGCAGUUGGACAUCAAGAGCUUCAUCACGAGCAUUGCCAACAAGAACUUCUACGGCGCCGCCAAGGCGAUCUUCUCGGACAAUCCGUUGGGUCUAACCUGUGGCAUGGUCUGCCCGACUAGCGAUCUCUGCGUGGGCGGAUGCAAUCUUCAGGCCUCUGAGGCAGGUCCGAUCAACAUUGGUGGACUGCAGCAGUUCGCCACCGAAGUGUUCAAGAAGAUGGGUGUACGCCAGCGGAGAACACCGCAAGCAGAGGCCAAUCCGCUGUUCCAGAAAAUCGCACUCCUGGGCGGAGGACCAGCCUCGCUGUCCUGCGCCACCUUCCUUGCCCGACUGGGCUACCGCAAUGUUACCAUAUACGAAAGGAGGAGCUAUCUAGGUGGUCUGAGUGCCGCCGAGAUUCCGCAGUACCGUCUGCCCAUUGAUGCGGUCAACUUUGAGAUCGAUCUGGUCAAGAAUCUGGGCGUGCGCAUCGAAACCGGACGCUCUCUGGGUACCAAAGAUCUGACCGUUCAGGGCCUCCUAUCCGACGGCCAUGAUGCCGUCUUCGUUGGUAUUGGUCUGCCUGAGCCGAAAUUGAAUCCCAUCUUCGCCGGUCUGGAGCCCAGCAAUGGUUUCUAUACGUCCAAAAACUUCCUGCCUUUGGUGUCCGAUGGCUCGAAGCCGGGAUUAUGUGCCUGCAAAGCCGCCGCUGGAUUGCCCAAGCUACACGGCAAUGUCAUCGUCCUUGGAGCCGGAGAUACUGCCUUUGAUUGUGCCACCUCGGCCUUGAGAUGUGGAGCCCGUCGCGUGUUCGUUGUCUUCCGCAAGGGAUCGUCCGGAAUCCGUGCUGUUCCCGAGGAAGUGGAGUUGGCGCGCGAUGAGCGCUGUGAACUGUUGCCCUACCUGAGUCCCCGCAAGGUGAUCGUCAAGGAGGGCCUGAUCACUGCCAUGGAGUUCUGUCGCACGGAACAGAACGACAAGGAUGAGUGGGUUGAGGAUGAGGAGCAAACGCAGCGCUUGAAGGCUAACUUUGUGAUCUCCGCCUUUGGAUCCGGAUUGGAGGACCAAGACGUCAGAGAGGCACUGGCUCCGUUACAGUUCCGCGGCGAAUUGCCAGUGGUGGACCGAAUCACGAUGCAGAGCAGUGUGAAACAGGUGUUCCUCGGAGGAGAUCUCGCUGGGGUGGCCAAUACCACUGUGGAAUCGGUAAACGACGGCAAGGUGGCCGCAUGGAGCAUUCACUGUCAGCUGCAGGGUCUACCCUUGGACACCCCGGCAGCUCUGCCACUUUUCUACACAGACAUCGACGCUGUGGACAUAUCCGUUGAGAUGUGCGGCAUUAAGUUCGAGAAUCCCUUUGGUCUGGCUUCGGCACCGCCCACCACCAGCACGGCCAUGAUCAGGCGCGCCUUUGAGCAAGGCUGGGGAUUCGUGGUCACCAAGACCUUCGGCCUAGACAAAGAUCUGGUCACGAACGUCUCGCCGCGAAUCGUGAGGGGCACUACAUCAGGCUACAAGUACGGACCACAGCAAGGCUGCUUCCUGAACAUCGAGCUCAUCUCAGAGAAGCGCGCCGAGUACUGGCUAAAAUCGAUUGGAGAACUCAAGCGGGACUUCCCGGAGAAGAUCGUUAUAGCCAGCAUUAUGUGCAGCUUUAACGAGGCCGACUGGACGGAGUUGGCCAUCAAGGCGGAGCAGUCGGGGGCUGAUGCCCUCGAGCUGAAUCUCUCAUGUCCCCAUGGCAUGGGUGAACGUGGAAUGGGUCUGGCCUGUGGCCAGGAUCCUCAGCUUGUGGAGCAAAUCUCGCGCUGGGUGCGUAAAGCGGUCAAGCUGCCCUUCUUCAUCAAAUUGACUCCGAAUAUCACGGACAUUGCUUCCAUUGCCGAGGCAGCACAAAAAGGAGGAGCCGAUGGUGGAUCGGCUAUUAACACAGUCCAAGGACUAAUGGGCUUGAAGGCGGAUGCCACCGCCUGGCCUGCGAUUGGCAAGGAGCAGCGCACCACCUAUGGCGGAGUUUCCGGCAAUGCAACUCGACCCAUGGCCUUGAAGGCUAUCUCCGACAUCGCCCGCCGAGUGCCGGGAUUCCCCAUCCUGGGCAUCGGUGGCAUUGAUUCCGGCGAGGUGGCCCUGCAGUUCAUUCAAGCCGGCGCCACUGUCCUGCAGAUCUGCUCAUCCGUGCAGAACCAGGACUUCACCGUCAUCGAGGACUACUGCACGGCACUAAAGGCUCUGCUCUACCUAAAGGCCAAUUUACCGCCAGUCGAUGGUCCCUUCUGGGAUGGCCAGUCACCACCAACUCCGGUUCACCAGAAGGGCAAGCCUGUAGUUCGUUUGACCGGCGAGGGCAACGUCACGCUAGGAUUCUUUGGUCCCUAUCAGAGGCAGCGAGACCUCAAGAUGGCUGACCUACGCCGCCAAAAGGGAGCUCUCUGGGAUGCGGAGCAGGUAAAGAACACACCGGUGACGGCUGAUGGUGCACCAAAGGCAGCUCCUAGAAUCAAGGAUGUUAUUGGUGCCGCGCUGGACAAGAUAGGGCCGUACAACAAACUGGACAACAAGCAGCAGAAGGUGGCGCUAAUUGACGAUGACAUGUGCAUCAACUGCGGAAAGUGCUACAUGACAUGUGCCGAUUCCGGUUACCAGGCCAUCGAGUUCGACAAGGACACACACAUUCCGCACGUAAACGACGAUUGCACGGGCUGCACACUUUGCGUCUCCGUGUGUCCCAUCAUCGACUGCAUCACCAUGGUGCCCAAGAAGAUUCCACACGUGAUUAAGCGAGGAGUCGAGGAGAAGACCUUCUACACCCAUGCGCUCAGCCAGUGCCAGUAAUUGUCCCUAGUUCUAUGUGAAAUUGAUAUUAAAUCCCAUCUAUAUAAUUCAAUUAAAUACAAUAUGCAAAUGCAGAAAAUGUGCAAUAUUUUAAA